CUGUGACUCAAUUACGAGCCGUUUCCACAAGGACGGAAUCGGUAUCGGUUGUGCAAUCUUCUUCGUGUCCUCCUAGGCUCCUACAGUCCUACUGCUUGCUGGUUUCUGGAGGGAGCGCCACGGAACUCCCUCUCUGAAAUUCUUUCGGGACCGAGGCGACGUUAUGGCAGCAAGCAAUCUGAUAAACCUAGGGACGAAGAUCGUUGCUGUCGGCAGAAACUACGUCGCUCAUGCCAAAGAGCUCGGGAAUGCUGUUCCGAAGGAGCCGGUGCUGUUCUUAAAACCCACAACCUCUUAUCUGCAAAACGGAGGCACCAUUGAAGUUCCCCAUCCUCUAGAGUCAUUAGAUCAUGAAGUGGAGUUAGCAGUUGUUAUUGGGAAGAAGGCUCGUGAUGUUCCCCACGCAACAGCAAUGGAUCAUGUGGCAGGUUAUGCUCUUGCUUUAGACAUGACUGCAAGGGAGAUACAAUCUUCUGCAAAGGCUUCAGGACUUCCUUGGACAGUUGCUAAAGGGCAGGACACCUUUACUCCAAUCAGUUCCAUGCUACCCAAAGCUGCAGUAGAGGACCCUCAAAACUUGGAGCUAUGGUUGAAGGUAGAUAAUGAAUUAAAACAAAAGGGUUCAACAAAGGAUAUGAUCUUCAAGAUCCCAUUUCUUAUAAGCCACAUAAGCUCCUUGAUGACGCUUCUUGAAGGAGAUGUCAUACUGACUGGCACUCCUGAAGGUGUUGGUCCUGUCAAAGUAGGUCAGAGAAUCAGUGCAGGCAUAACUGGCUUUACUGAUGUUCAGUUCAAUGUUCAGAGACGCCCAAAGGUAAUUGAUUGAUGGUAUAAAGAAGUCAGUAAGAUGAUCAAGAAAUAAAUGCCUGUACUAGCGCUACCAUCCAGUGCAGGGUGAAGAACACGAUAGACAUCAUCAACUGCACGAGCUGGUUGCACGGUUCGGAUUGGACGUUGAUGGAAGAUUCUUAUAUUUUACUCAUGCUAUCAUGCUCUAGUUGUGCUCCAAAACGGAUUCCGUGCACUAUUUGGUUCGAACAGUUUUCUGAAUCAAUAGAGAAGUCUCUGUUGUGGACGUUCAUGCUGUAUCAUUGUAUCAAUGAGUUCAAGUUCAUCGUCGACUAA